CCCUUUUACCGCUCACUCUCUUCAAUUCAGACCCCACUGAUUGUUUCCCGCAAUGGGUUCGUGUUGAAGUUGUGUUUACGCCUCAGAAAUUCGUAAAUUGGUUAAACCCAGGAGCAAAUUUUGAAUCUUUCGGUGCGCCAUGAACGCUCCAAUUAUAGACCCGCUCCAGGGGGACUUUCCCGAAGUGAUAGAGGAGUAUUUGGAGCGUGGAGUUAUGAAAUGCAUCGCCUUCAAUCGACGUGGAAACCUUCUUGCUGCUGGGUGCUCUGAUGGAAGUUGUGUCAUAUGGGAUUUUGAAACCAGAGGCAUUGCUAAAGAAUUAAAAGAUAAGGAAUGUGUUACCGCAAUAACAAGUGUUUGUUGGUCCAAGUAUGGCCACCGCAUACUGGUGUCAGCUGCAGAUAAGACAUUGACUCUUUGGGACGUGGUCAAAGGAGAGAGAAUAGCUCGAAUUGCCCUGCAACAAGCUCCUUUGCAAGCUCGUCUGCAUCCUGGUUCAUCCACUCCGUCAUUUUGCCUAGCUUGUCCUCUGUCAUCAGCGCCCAUGAUCAUCGACUUGCUCACAGAAACCGUAACUGGGCUUCCUGUGUCGUUGUCUGAUACAGGGAAUGGUGCUACCCCUCCAAUACGAAAUAAAUUUUCAGACGGAUCUGCUCCAUAUACACCUACCGCCGCGUGCUUCAACAAGUACGGAGAUUUGAUAUAUGUAGGAAAUUCCAAAGGAGAGAUACUGAUAAUUGAUAGUACAAGCCUUGAAAUACUCGGUAUAGUUUCUGUACCGGGGAGUGCUGUCAUAAAGAAUAUCGUAUUUAACAGAAGUGGACGAUAUCUUCUGACAAACUCAAAUGACAGAAUCAUCAGAAUCUACGAAAACCUUUUGCCACUCAAAGGAGGACGUGCAGCGCUGGGUAAAGCUAACCAUGAAUCAGCUGAGCAAGAUGAAGAUGAAAAGUUAAAAGCUGCAGGAUCGAGGUCUCUGGCUCUUUUCCAAGAGUUUCAAGAUUCGAUCACCAGAGUGCACUGGAAAGCACCAUGCUUUAGUGGUGACGGGGAAUGGGUGGUUGGAGGUUCUGCUAGCAAAGGAGAGCAUAAGAUAUAUAUAUGGGACAGGGCCGGGCAUCUUGUAAAAAUUCUCGAGGGCCCAAAAGAAGCAUUAAUAGAUCUGGCAUGGCAUCCCAUUAAACCCAUAAUUGUUUCCGUCUCCUUGACUGGCUUGGUCUAUAUCUGGGCAAAGGAUUAUACGGAGAACUGGAGUGCAUUUGCUCCUGAUUUUAAAGAGCUUGAAGAAAACGAGGAGUAUGUGGAGCGAGAAGAUGAGUUUGACUUGGUGCCUGAAACAGAAAAGGUAAAAGAUUUAGGUAUCAACGAAGAUGAAGAUAUUGAUAUUUUGAACACCGAGGGAGAUUCUGCCUUCAGUGAUUCAGACAUGUCCCAGGGAGAAAUACGCUUCUUACCCCCUGAUCCAUGCCCCGAUGUUCAGAUGGAAGAUGGGCUUGUUGUAAAUACUUCAAAGGAAGGGGAAAUCAGUGAGACUGAAUCUCCUCUUUCCGAGGAGGCAGGGCAAAAUGGCCUUCUAACAAAUCACGAAUCCAGUCCCCUUGAAGAAGACACAGGAGGAAUGCGCUUAAAAAGAAAGAGGAUGCCUUCAGAGAAGUUUCAGGAUUUUGAAACUGAAAGUAUUAAGAAGCCACCUCCAAAGUCAAAACCAUAAUUUAAUUUACUUGGAGCUGUAAGAUGUCUUGUAGUUUUAGGUUUCUAGUCUUAGUAGUUGUGAAGGAUGUUAACUUUGACUUGCACCAUACCUUCACUUAUUGUCUUCUGCUUCCACAUAAGUCAAGAUUCUUAUAUUUGAAGUUAUGUUCAUCAGAAAAUA